CCUGGGGGAACGUGGUCUCUGCUGAACUCUGAGAGGACAAUUGUCUCGCGCCAAGGAGGAACUAUCCUGCUUUACUCUGACACUUUGGAAGUAUGCAAUAAUACAGCUGGUUUUGAUAUAGCUAGAUUCCCUGUCCACUGGCUCCAAGAUGCAGGUGAUGAGGACCUUCAACCAGCCUCCAACCUCCAGCCAUCCAACCCCCACCCUUAACGACUCAGACACCUGCAUUACCCUGUACAACCACCGGGGGUACGCCCGAGUCCUCAUGCCCCUCUUCUACUGCAUUGUCUUCUUCGUGGGGCUGCUGGGCAACGCCCUGGCCUUCCACAUCAUCCGCCCCAACGUGAAGAAGAUUAACUCCACCACGCUCUACUCUGCCAACCUGGUCAUCUCCGACAUCCUGUUCACACUGUCACUACCGUUACGGAUAAUCUACUACGCCCUGGGCUUCCACUGGCCCCUGGGGGAGACCCUGUGUAAGAUCGUGGGGCUGAUCUUCUACAUCAAUACUUACGCCGGGGUCAACUUCAUGACCUGCCUCAGUGUGGACCGGUUCAUUGCUGUCGUCUUGCCGCUGCGAUUCGCACGCUUCCGUAAGGUCUCCAAUGUCCGGUACAUUUGCGUCGGGGUGUGGUUGCUGGUCUUAAUGCAAACUCUGCCCCUCCUCUCCAUGCCCAUGACUAACGAGGAACCUGAUGGCUUCAUCACCUGUAUGGAGUAUCCCAACUUCGAACCGGUGCCUAACAUCUCCUAUAUCCUGAUUGGCGCCGUAUUCCUAGGCUACGGAGUCCCCGUGGUGACCAUCCUGGUGUGCUACUCCAUACUGUGCUGUAAACUCCGCCUCGCCGCCAAGGCCAAUCAGCUGACGGACAAGUCGGGGCGCAGCCAAAAAGCCAUCGGGGUGAUCUGCUGCGUCUCCCUGGUGUUUGUGGUCUGUUUCAGCCCCUAUCACAUCGACCUCCUCCAAUACAUGAUUAGAAAACUGAUCUACACACCAGACUGUGCUGAACUCACAGCCUUCCAGAUCUCCUUACACUUCACUGUGUGUCUGAUGAACCUCAACUCCUGCCUGGAUCCGUUUAUCUACUUCUUUGCCUGUAAGGGUUACAAGACGAAGGUGCUGAAAAUCCUGAAGAGGCAGGUGAGCGUGUCCUUCUCUAGCGCAGCACGGACAUUGCCCGAGGGGUUGUCCAGAGACAUCAGCGAUGGUAAUAAGAUCCACCUCAACAGCACCAGACACAAAGAGUGAGAGAAUGGUGAAAAGUGAGCCGACGACCAACCAACAGACUAGUGAGCCAAAGACCAACUAACAGAUUGGAGAGCCAACAACCAUCAAUCAGACCGGUGAGCCAACGAUCAACCAACAGACCGGUGAGCCAAUGACCGGUCAACAGAUUGGAGAGCCAACAACCAUCAAUCAGACCGGUGAGCCAAUGAUCAACCAACAGACCGGUGAGCCAAUGACCGGUCAACAGAUUGGAGAGCCAACAACCAUCAAUCAGACCGGUGAGCCAAUGAUCAACCAACAGACCGGUGAGCCAAUGACCAGUCAACAGAUUGAAGAGCCAACAACCAUCAAUCAGACCGGUGAGCCAACGAUCAGCCAACAGACCGGUGAGCCAAUGACCAGUCAACGACCAGUGAGAAUGAUGAGCUAAUGACCAACAGUUCAGCAGCCAACAAUCAGUUACAACAGUGAGCCAGAAACCAGCAAAUUGCCAGAGGAUCUCUGAGGAGAACUAUAAAUGUAUAACUGAUUACAAGUUUAAAGAGGCAUCUCACACCCUCUGGAAAUAGAGCCACUGAUCUAGGACAGCCCAGGUAGCAGACUGUUUCUGCAUCCAACAAAGUGCUUGCCUAUAUAUUGAUAAGUUGAUCAAAAGCAGAAACACAUAAACACAUAAGAACAUUAUUAAACAGCAUGGCCACUUGCAUGAAAAGAUGUCUUGAAAUGGACAGCUGAAUAUUACUUAAUGGUUUCAGAGACUCUGACCAAAGAAUAGAAAGGUUUGGAACAUUACAAUGCUGAGGAAUGAAGAUUAUAAACAAUGUUGAUUGUACUUUUUGUAUAUACACUUAAUGAAUUAUUCUUCAAAAUAACCUUGUGAUUAUUGACAAAUGUAAAAUAUUUCAACACCAUGUACUAAAUGUAACCAUGUCCCUCAAUUAAUUGAAUCAGGAUCAAUGACAUUUUUUACGAAGAUGUUCAAAUGUAUGAAUUAGUAUGUUCACAAUGAAGGUUUCCCUCUGUUUUUGAUUAAUGUGAUUGUUGUAAUGUGGCUAUCAAACCAUGUUAUUUUAAAUAAUUAAGAAAUAUAAAUAAAUUAUCCCAUGGU